GCAGCUAACCAUGCUGAUUUGGUCUUCAAAUAUUUGACACACGAGCUUGGAUGUGUUGAAAUUGGCUUGCAUAACAAAGGCCCAACAGGAACAAAAGAGUUACAAGAGUUCGAGAUCAGAAUGCCACUAAUGUUAAAAAGUUUUAUUUCACAUCUUGUUAAAGAUUGUAAAACUAUGCCCAACAACUUUAAAGUCAUUUCAUUCGUAAUCAGUGGAAUGUAUAUCUCUGCUCAAGUAAUGACUUGUAAUAAAGGGUCCGUUGCCCUGGUAGGAACAUCUCAACGGUACCAUAUGCCAGAAUCCCCCACUGAAGUUCCUAAACUACUGCCACCUGUGCUAAAGCUAGUGUACAAUUGUGCCAUGGCCAUUGAAAGUACUACUAGCCAUUUGAAAGCUAUCUCUUCCUCUGUCUCCCUUGAUGAAGGCUCUGAAGUGUAUUUCCCUCCUUGUUUCGUUGCGGGUGAUAACAAAAGAACCUAUACAGCUGCUUUCAGUGACUAGUAUGAAUCGUUUUUUUUUAAACAAAAAAUUUAAGUUAGGUUGUUAUUAAAAUUAUGUAAAAUAAAAGUUAAGAGUAUACAGAGAAUCUAUUUUAUUGAAUGAGUGUAAUUUAUUAUAAUGCCUCUUCAAGAUGAAUGGCAAAAAGCCUCUCUUCGCUUCAAAGCAUUAAGCUUCUAAUAACAGGAGUAACCACGAGAAGGUGGAGACUAUAUACUCCCAAACCCCAGACCCCAAAAUGCCUCCUGUCGAACUACAUC